GGUGAACUUCCAGAAAUACUCGAAUACCAUAAUCCGUCACCCAAUGGACCAUAUCGAGGUAUUCGAGGGAGAAAGUAAAGAUUCGCGAGUAAAGCGUCCUCUUCUGUUCGUUGGAUUUAUCUUUUAUUCUGUCCUCAUUCUCAUUGUGUGGUAAACCCUUACAUUCGGGUCCCCGUUGCAGCCGCAGCCCUCAUCUUCUUCUCCUCCGAUCAGUGUUUCCAUUUCUUCAGAAGGGAUCUUGUUGCCUAGGUGGCACGAGGAAUACACCAUCGCUGAUUGGUGAGCUUUCGGUAGCGAUCGUCAUCUUUUUUGUCUCUGUUUUUACUGCAGUGGGUUGCGAUGGGAUGGAACCGCCGGAUUGUUUCUUCAGUUCUAUUGUUUUCUCUUUUUCAUUCAGUCACUGCUAGUAUGGAUUUCUCAUAUCGGGACUCAAGGUUGUGACGUUUUGGUCAUUUUAUAGCUGGAAAUUGGGAGGAGCUGGGAAAGACCGAGGGAAACAUGGUAGAAGAGAAUGUCAUAAAAAAUCAAGAACAGUGGAGGCCGUGCCAUUGUGAGAUAUUCUCGCCAGAGUUCAGCCUUGAGGGGAAAAUCAUCAAUGGUUGCAUUAGCAUUUGGUGAUCGUGCAACAAGUGACACUGUUGUCAGGCUAAGGACACAUGAAGGUCGGGAUGACUGGUUCUACUGCCAUUCCAAAGUUCUCGUAGAGAAGAGCAAGUACUUUGCUGAGCGGCUCUCUGAUGAUUGGCCUACAUGCCAGAUAAUUGAUUCUCGUAACUGUGUGGAAGUCUACUGCCAAGAAUUGGAUUUUAACUUUCACGUCACUGCACUUCGCCUUCUUUAUGUGAAAGGGCCUCAUAAAUGCUAUGGAGUAAGAAAUGCGCUUGGCAUGCUCCAAGUUUCCAUCCAUCUGGGUUGUCAUCAAAUUGCUAGUGAUUGCAAGGAGUACCUGGAAGCCGUUCCAUGGGAGGAGGCCGAGGAAGAGGAGAUUUUAAAGACGAUUCCUAACCUUGGAGAACAAUACAAAAGUAUUCUCUCUCGUCUUCAACCAGUUUGCCAAACUUCACUUACUGGGAUUUUCAUCUCAGCAAUUCGUUUUGCUACUUCAUCUCCCCCUAUAUCCAUGCGGGAACUGAAAUCUUCUGCUCAGGAGCAGCUGGAGUACAUGCUUACUGAGGAUGACGAUCCCCCUCUUUUUGCCUUGGAUGAUGAGUUCAUAAGGUCAGUUGUAAAGGAUUGUAUUAAGAGGUUAUUGUGCAGAUUUGACAGUUUUGUAGAGUCGAUGUUGACUGUAUCAAUUGAUUGUGUUUUGGAGAGCAAAGUCCACGAAUUUUGGUCGCAUCUGUGUGAUAUCUCAUGGGCUUGUCAGAUACUUGGCAAGAUGGAAAUAAUGAAGGAUUUGGUGCAUUACUGGUUGGAGGCAUCUGCAAACAUACUCAGAGCUGCUGAGCAUGCGAAGUCAGUUUCAGAUGACAUGGAUGUUGAAAUUAAAAUAGUUGAGGUGGUUUCCAAGGUGUUGGAGACCAUUGGAUUUGGUAAUGCCAUUGUUUCUACCUUGGGCAGAAUUAGCUUGGUGAAGAUUUGGCUUCCUUUUGUGCAGAGAGUGAGGGCUUUGUUGGAGCAGGAUAAAAUAAUGAGGGAAGAAGACUCACCAGCUAAGUUGGAUGGUGAAAUUUGGCAGGGAUUGGAAUCAGCUUUUGUCUCAAUCAUUCUCACCUUACCAUCAUCAGACCAAGCGGGUAUCUUAUCAGAUUGGUUGAGAUCUGAAUAUGCUGGAUAUCCUGACCUGACUGAGGCUUUUGAACUCUGGUGUUACAGGACCAAGGUUGCCAGAAGAAGGCUUGCUUCUAGAGAAGUGACAUGAAGGAACAGUUCUAUGGAUGGCAGCCAAAAGAUUGAGGGAGGGAGGAGGGAGGAGGGAGGGAUCCUGGUGUUGUAUUUGAAUUGAGCUUAUGUCGCAUUAACUCUCUCAGGGUUUGUAAAACUCGCCUUCAAAGUGUUAAUGUUGGGGUAAUUAUCCAACAGUUAUGGUGCCAGUUUUAGAAGGUAAUUAACUUAAAUAUGCUUUUGGAUUUUGUUAGAACUUGUAAAGCGUGAGUGGAGCUUUCUUAAGAAGCUAUGAGGAAGAUGUUCUCUUCUAGUGUGUAGUAAUACAAAAUCACAUUUACUAA